AUGUUUGUUAUUGGCGGUUAUGAUGAAGAGAAAAAAAUGUAUUCUGAUAUGAUUUACGAAAUCCAACUACAUUUUCCUUUUAAUACAAAGGUUUUGGCUAAACUGCCUUCCCCAAGACUCAUCGAAGGCUGUGGUGUUGUUCUGAGCAAUGACAAAAUUUUGAUAUUUGGUGGUGGUGACGGUUGGGAUGAAGUGACUGCCAAAGUCACCAUGUACGACAUAACCAAAAAUGAGUUCAAGGAACUUGCACCAUUGCCUUACAAAGUGUGCAAUAUGGCAACUGUCAAGUGCGGAGAAAAUGUCAUUCUAGCUGGAGGGUCAAAUGAACCUAUCCUUGUAAAUGCAAAAAAGACAGUCGUCAGUUAUAAUACCGAGACACAGAAGAGCACCAUGCUACCACCAAUGAAGCACGGCCGUUUUGAAUGUUGUGCAGUUGUGGAUGGACACUCUAUAGUGGUUAUGGGAGGAUACGGCCAAGAUGGAACUCCUCUAAGCUCAGUGGAAGCAUUUGACUUCAAAACUUCUAAAUGGAGUAAACUUCCUUCAAUGAAAGAAGCAAGGAGAGGAUUCAUUGCAGAGAUUGUGUAA